UUAUUCGUUUUGUUUACCGUCGACAAGUGCCGUUAAAUUGGUCAUGAACAUUUUUUUAUUAUUAUUGCCAUACACGUGUUUGUUGUAUUACCGUGUUGUUAUUGAUAAAUAUUUUGCGGCCAUCGUUUAUCUUUCUAUAGCCGUACAACACACCAAAUAAUUAUUGUCGGCCGCUCAAAAAAUACUGCAUAAGUGAUUAAAAUUUAAAUAUACUCAGCUAUUUUCGGUCGUUUACCUUUACGGGUAAAUGGACAUACAUUAUACCGUUAUUUUAAUUUUUUUUUUUACCGUGCUUAAUCGUCAGUGUCUUAUUCCUUUUUCCUUGUGAGCGACUUAUUUAUCGGAAGUUCAGUCAUGGGUGUCUACGAAGAAACUCAAAUUCGAUUGGUCGACAUACAAAAACGAAUCGACCGCGUUCGGAAAGCUGCAGAAGAGUUGCCAUCAACAAUCAAACAAGUUACCAGCCGAUAGUCAAGUUUCGUUAUCUAAAAGCGAAAUUGGAUGUGGAGCCAUUAAAGCUAGUUACCAACCUAAUGUUAAGUGAAUGCAAUUACGAACUUGCAUUGAAAAUUAUAGAUAAUCGCUAUUCGAACAGAAGGCUCACUGCUCAAAUCCAUUUUGAUCAGCUGUGGGACAUGCCAAAAGCGUCUUUUGGUGAUUCAAAGACGAUUAGACAAGUUUUAAAUAGCAUAACCGAAUCUGUGGGAACUUUGGAAAACCAAAAGUAUUCCAAUUUUUCUGGACGUUAUGAAGCAAACGGAAGUAAAAAGCAGUUCUCGUGCCACGUGUGUAAAGUCAAUCCGGGCCGUCUUCUCAUUACUUGUACUGUUUUUAAAGAGAAAACACUAUUAAAAGUUUAAAACGAUGCUAUUUAGGCUUUAGUGAGCAUUCAGUUGCUCAGUGUCAGAACACCAAAUUAUGUUCAGAGUGGACAAACUUUGUCGGAGCUAAACGCUACUUAUACAAAUUUCAGUCUCUUGUUUCUUCUUCCGAUUUAGCUAAAGGUAUUGCUCAACAUCAGAUCACAUGGCAUAUACCGCCCAUCAGCUGCACCGCACAUGGGCGGUAUAUGGAAAGCCGCGGUUACAUCGGCAAAGCAUCUCCUUCGCCGUACCACCAAAGAACAAAUGCUGACCUAUGAAGAACUAACUACAGUUAUCCCAUCACGUCGAAGCCAAAUGAGUGUCCACCGUUAACCCCAGGACACUUCCUCACAUCUGAACGGUUAGUAAACAUACCAACGCUCGGUAAAGUAGAUACCACAACAAAAUUUACCCUUCACCAACGAUGAAUACACGUUGGCAUAAGGAGUACCUGCAUGCCGUUCAAGUAAAAUCUAAAUAGAACAACACUACAGACAAUAAUCUAGGUCCGGGAGAUUUGGUUAUUCUCAAAGAACCAACACCGGCACUAACACCGGCAGAACCGUCUGAAUCACAGAAGUACAUCCCGGGGAAGAUGGAACAGUACGCGUCGCUUCAGUCCGAACAGCCGAUGGUACUAACUCUUAACUGUGUCAUUUACACAUAAAUUAUUGAUGGUCAGGUGGCCUCCAGGUGGGCGGUAUGUUUGACCUUUAUCUCGGCCGUUGCCGCUCCCCACACCGCCGCUGCUUAUGCUUGCGCACUCCGACCGUUUUGCUACCACUGUUAUACCUACCUCUACUACUAUUGCUACCGCGCCACCGUACCGUACUGCAUUUUGCUUGCACUUCACCGUUUUUGGUUAUUUUUGUUUUUCUUGAACUGCACCGUUUGUUUACUUUAAGUUCACACAUUCGACCGUGUUGAUUUGUACAGACAAUCUUCGACACCUGCCGACCGACCUACCGCACCUGGACAUGUACCACUGCCCUUCUCCAUAUAAUAUUGACAAUAAGUAGUGUUGGUUGUCGAUUGUGGAACUUAUAUUAAUACCUGAAAACAAGUAUGGAGAAAUCGGCAAAAAAUGACCAACCCGGUGCAAUUGAAAGUGACAAUAACACACAGCCACUCAAACCAUGCUUAAAAGGAGAUUGGAAGAAUAUUUCCCUACUGAUGUUGUUGUAUACACUUCAAGGUGUACCAAUGGGGUUUUCAGCGACUAUACCAAUGAUUUUACAAAACCAAAAAAAUAUUUCCUAUCAAGAUCAGGCUAUAUUUAGUGCUGCAUUUUGGCCAUUCAGUAUGAAAAUUCUGUGGGCACCGCUAGUCGAUUCCUUGUACGUAACGAAAAUUGGAAAAAGGAAAUCAUGGCUUUUGCCUGCUCAGUACUUGCUAGGUACAUUUUUUCUUUACUCAGGUGUCCAUUUCGAUAGCUGGAUAGGAACUGAGGGUAAGCCUCAAGUGGCUAUUAUAACGUUUAUUUUUUUUUGCAUUCACUUAUUUGCUGCUACACAGAAUAUAGCUGUUGAUGGUUGGGCUCUAACCAUGUUGAGGAAAGAAAAUUUAGGCUAUGGGCCUAUGUGUAAAAAAGCAGGUCUGACAAUUGGAAAAUUUUUAGGAUAUGAGUUUCCAACUCUUUUGGAUUCCGAAAGUUUCUGUAAUAAUCAUUUGCGCAGUGUACCUGCUAAAGGAGGAAUGGUAUCCAUGCAAAGUUUUUUAUACUUUUGGGGAGUCGUGUUUAUGUUAAUAACUUCACUUGUUGGUUUAAUUAAGAAAGAAAACAAAGAUAAAUCGGCUGAUUACACAGAAGAGAAAUUAAAUGUAUUUAAAACUUACUACGUGGUGUGGUAUAUUGUUAAAAUUCGCGGUAUUCGCAUAUUGAUAUUCGCUUUGAUUACUUAUAAGAUUGCUUUUGCAACGGAUAAUCUAACAUUAUUAAAACUAAUUGAUGCCGGGGUAUCGCAAGAUAAAUUAGUUAUCGUGCAAACAGCUCUAUAUCCCGUUAGAAUGUUACUGCCUAUAAUUGUGUCCAAAUAUACAACGGGCCCGAAACCGAUGAGCACUCUGCUGAACACACUUCCUUUUAGGUUACUUUGUGUAUAUUCAUCAGGAUUAUUGGUUUAUUAUACACCAUUAUUUGUAGAAAAAGGUAACAUUGACGCAAAAAUACCAUUUGAAUAUUUUGUUUUAUAUGGAAUAACUAUACUUUGUGAUGAGUUGAUAUCAUGCAUGUGUGUGGCUUUACCGACGUUUUUCUCGCGAAUAAGUGAUCCACGUUUUGGAGGAACGUACAUGACUCUUUUACAUACUGUUUUGACUUUGGGCGGUUCUUGGACUUCUACAGUGUCACUUAUUGCGAUUGACUGGCUUACAGUGAAAAAGUGUUCGACUAAUUCUGAUAAUCACUGUUCUACGCAAGUGCUCGUAAUGGAGUGCAGCUCAAUUGGCGGAAGCUGUUCAACUACAUUUGAUGGAUACUAUAUGGAAAUAAUAAUUUGUACGAUAAUAGGAAUCAUAUGGUAUAUUUGUUUCAAUAAACCCCUUAGAAAUUUACAAACUAAGAGUAAUGAGUAUUGGUUGGUAAACUUGACCACAUCAGCUCCAAAAAAAAAGCCAACAAUUACAAUAUUUCACUUAGGUUAAUAAAGCCUUUUAGUUUACAAACAACAGUUGUAAUAUAUAAAAAACAGACCCUAAAAAUUAGUCUACUUUAAUAAUUAUUAUGUGUUCAUUUU